ACCUACAAAACGUUCUUGCAAUCAAAGAAAGCGCAGCUACUUAAUAAAUAGCGACAGAUUUUCUUGAAGAAUAUUUUUCUCUACAAUUGGAAAUAUGCCAUAUGAACACACAUCUGCUCCUAAAGAAAAUCAACAUUCCUAGGAUGUCCAUAAAAAAGAAGACAGAUUACAUUCUAAUACCGUGUUCAUUUUCAACUUCAAGAUGGCAGCAACAACACUUUCAGAUAAACAAAAGGGCUUGAUAACAGACACAACAAAAUAUUCAAACUGCAAGCUCGAAAUUUACGAAGAAAUUGAAAAAAUGCUGACGUCAGAGAAACGAUUCCAAGCUAUCGAUAAGAGGGAAGAGAAAAGUGUCUUUGAUUCAGAAUUGUUUAAAAAGGUUUCGAAAGGUAAAUAUGCAACACGGUGGCGCGGGUUGAGUAUGAUGAAAGACUGCUUUGACAUGGUUAUUUAUCAACAACUAUUGUGGGAGAUUAAGCCGAAAAGCAUUUUUGAAACUGGAGCUUACACAGGCGCAUGCGCACUCUGGAUGGCCGAUACAAUGAAAUCUUACGGGCUUCCUAUACAUGUUCAUUCAAUUGAUAUCAAUCUGAGUUUAGUGGACAAGUUGGCGAAUAAUGAUCCAAAUGUUACUAUUAAAGAAGGAGACGCGAAAAAGAUCGGGCUAGCUUACCCAGAAGAAUUUUUAAAGACCUGCCCUCACCCAUGGAUCAUAUCUGAGGAUUGCCAUGUCGAUGUCAUCGGUGUAAUGGAACACUUUCAUCAAUAUAUGCAGAAAGGAGAUUAUUUCAUCAUAGAGGACACUUCACCCGACACGCCUUUGAUCAGUGGGCAAGGUCUGUUAAAUGUAGAGUACCAAAUGUGGGGACAGAGAAAAUUAAACUUAAUGAAGAAAUUUCUGAGGAAAUACAGCGAGUACUAUGUUGUUGAUACUUAUUAUACAGAUUUUUACGGAUACAAUGGGACAUUCAAUUGGGAUGGUUACAUCAAAAGAAUAAAAUAGAUUUCAGAAACAUAUGACGAUCUUGUGAUGUAUUGCUUUGAUGAAUGUAUUUGUAUAUAUAUAUUGAUUUGUUAACAAUUGAUACAAAUAUAUAUUUAAGAAAA